AUGAAAUUCUACGCGUUUCUCAUUCUGUUCUCUGGCUUGUCUUCUGUUUUUGGUAAAGAUGAUUUAGAUCAGGAAAAUGUUUUACAGUUUGUGUUGAAGGAAUUACAGUCUCUGCGUUCUCGUGUUUUUGAGCUAGAAAACAUUAUCGGAAAUCAGAAUGAAAUUAUCGUUGACCAAAAUAUACGAAUAAACCAGCUGGAGGAACUAACCUUGACUAAACACCCUGGUGGCAAAGCUGUUGAAAAAACGAAGUCGAUUGCUGAUACCGCAAAACCUAUGAAGGACAUCAGUCCAGUGCAAUCUAAUAAUACACGCGUUGGAUUAAAUAGAACCACUUCUGCAGGGCAUGAGAAAGAAAACAAAAUGAGCAGGAAGGAUUCAACCGGAAUCAGGGCAGUACAACCCAUUGCUUUUUAUGCUUACAUAAACACCCCUUUAAAUAACCCUGGCGGCCAUCAUACCCUGAUUUUUGACACAGUCAAAACGAAUCAAGGCGCCGGUUACCAUCCUCAUGUCGGAAUGUUCAUUGUCCCUAGGACUGGAACCUAUUUCUUUACAUGGACACUGUCCCUCUGGACUUCCUCUAAUCAUGGUGCAGAACUGGUUGUGAACACUGUGGCAUACGGCUCGAUAUACGUCGAUACUACGGACAAGCGAGACAGUAAUACCGGAAACGUUAUUUUGAAUGUUAACGAAGGGGAUGAAAUUACAAUUAUGGACAAAUCAUCAGUGAUGACUACAGUAAAACGGAUUUUUCGGGUUUUCUGA